AGAGAGAGAGAGAGAUAGAGAGAGAGAGACCAAAUAAAGCCAUAGGUGCGUGUGCUGCUAGGAGGGGAGAGCCUGUUAAGCAUGCUAUAAAUAUUUAAUGCAUCUGGAGGUUCAGGGUUGGCUACUGUCUGGGUCUCAGCAGACCACAUCACAGGCUCUAUGUGGAUCUAGUGAUUCAUAGAAUUAUUGAUUUAUUGGACUGGGACAGGGAUUGGACCAUCCCGGAGGUAACAGGCCAUCAUGCCUCGGAUAGACAUGGAUGUGAAGCUGGACUUUAAAGAUGUCCUGUUCAGACCCAAGAGAAGCAGCCUGAAGAGCAGGUCAGAGGUGGACCUACGGAGGACGUUCACGUUCCGUAAUUCCAAACAGAGUUACCAUGGCAUCCCCAUCAUCGCUGCCAACAUGGACACCACGGGUACCUUUGAGAUGGCACAGGUCCUCAGCAAGCAAACUCUCUUCACCGCCAUGCAGAAGCACUACACUGUGGAGGAGUGGAAGGCUUUUGCAGCCAAGUUUCCAAAAUGUUUGGAGCACGUAGCGGUCAGUUCAGGCAGCGGUCAAGCCGACCUGGAGAAGCUGUGCAGCGUCCUGGAGGCCGUCUCUGACAUCAGAUUCGUCUGUCUGGACGUUGCCAACGGCUACUCUGAACACUUUGUGGAGUUUGUCAAAACCGUCAGGGGGAGGUUUCCUCAACACACUAUCAUGGCUGGCAACGUGGUGACAGGAGAGAUGGUGGAGGAGCUGAUCCUGGCAGGAGCUGACAUCAUUAAAGUGGGUAUUGGGCCAGGUUCUGUGUGUACGACGCGCAUUAAAACGGGAGUGGGAUACCCCCAGCUCAGUGCUGUCAUAGAGUGUGCAGACUCCGCCCACGGCCUGAAGGCUCACAUCAUCUCAGAUGGCGGAUGCAGCUGUCCUGGGGAUGUGGCUAAGGCAUUUGGCGCUGGAGCUGAUUUUGUGAUGCUGGGGGGCAUGCUGGCUGGCCACGACCAGUGUGCCGGGGAGGUCAUUGAGAAGAAUGGCAGAAAGGUCCAGCUGUUCUAUGGGAUGAGCUCUGACACGGCCAUGAAGAAACAUGUAGGGGGAGUGGCAGAGUACAGAGCAUCAGAGGGCAGGACGGUGGAGGUACCGUACAGGGGGGAUGUAGAGGCCACCAUCAGGGACAUUCUGGGUGGUCUGCGCUCCACCUGCACCUACGUAGGAGCUGCCAAACUGAAGGAGCUCAGUCGCAGGACCACCUUUAUCAGAGUCACACAGCAGGCCAGCCACAUGUUCACAUAGUAGUAAAUAGACGGACGGAUGGAGGGACGGACAACAUGAACUUUCUUGUUUCAAUUGUGCUGAUUUAACUUAAAAUGUAAAAGUGUGAAUCUAGAGCAAUAUUUAUGUGAAUGCAUGCGUUUUUUUUGUUGCCUGUACACAAUAAACAGAAAGAGGAGAAACAGAAUGAAAUACCAACCUGGACUCAGGGGUAGACGUAACAUAGUAAACUUAUAUCCGUGACACUCCAAAUAGUAUGAUAUGUAACGUUUGGCAUGCUUUUCAAUUGUGGAUGUCCAUCUUCCAUUUCGUACAAUAUGUUACGAAUUUGCAAAACGUAUGAUAUGUUAUGAAUUCUAAUUUGUUGAGGCUAAAGUUAUCUAGGUGGCUAAUGUUAGCCAGGUUAGGGGUUAAGGUUAGGAGUUAGGUUAAGGUUACGGGAAGGGUUAGCUAACAUGCUAAGUAGUUGCAAAGUUGCAAAAAAUUGGUAAGUAGUUCCAAAGUUGCUAAUUAGAUAAAAUUCAAAAAUUGUCUGUGAUGUUAUUCAUACACACAGCCUUUGGGUUGCUUGAUGUUCAUGUUUUACACCUACCCAACCUGACCAACCACUCUACUUUAGUUUUUUGUCUUAAGUAACCUUCUGUCUUAUGUAACCAUACCAAAUGUAACAUAUUAUAAUAAAUUGAGUGUUUUCGAAAUCUGGAUUUACAUUUACUAUGUUACGUGUAGUCUAUGACACCAGGCUGGGAAAACAGUGCUAGAGUAUGUUACGUGUAGUCUGAGACCAGGCUGGAAAAACAGAGUGCUAGAGUAUGUUACAUGUAGUCUAUGAGACCAGGCUGGAAAAACAGAGUGCUAGAGUAUGUUACGUGUAGUCUAUGAGACCAGGCUGGAAAAACAGAGUGCUAGAGUAUGUUACGUGUAGUCUAUGAGACCAGGCUGGAAAAACAGAGGUGCUAGAGUAUGUUACGUGUAGUCUAUGAGACCAGGCUGGAAAAACAGAGUGCUAGAGUAUGUUACGUGUUGUCUAUGAGACCAGGCUGGAAAAACAGAGUGCUAGGGUAUGUUACGUGUAGUCUAUGAGACCAGGCUGGAAAAACAGAGGUGCUAGAGUAUGUUACGUGUAGUCUAUGAGACCAGGCUGGAAAAACAGAGUGCUAGAGUAUGUUACGUGUUGUCUAUGAGACCAGGCUGGAAAAACAGAGUGCUAGAGUAUGUUACGUGUAGUCUAUGAGACCAGGCUGGAAAAACAGAGUGCUAGAGUAAGCACUCUAGCUCCUCUUGAAAGACGAAUGACAGAAUUUCAGUUGACUCUGUUAUUUAUUACUCUGAGUAUACAGAGACAAUACAUUUGUUAAUGUUCUUUUGUGUUUCUUUAAACAAAUUUGUUGAAAUCUAAAUGAAACGUUUAAAAAAUGACCACUGAAAUAUUUUGUCCAUAAACCUGCAAAACCUCUCUAAGAAAGAGACCAUAGAACAUACAGAACAGAUUGGAGUAUAUCCUACAAAUUAAACCGUAAAACUACAGUUAGAAAAGCAACUUUGAAGUCUUCAAUGCCUCUUGUUUCCUGUUUCCUGUUGUACAUAAAUGUAUCUUACAUAUGAGGUACACAAAAAAGUUAUUUCACAACCUUUUUUGGGGUUUGCGGACCAAUGCGUGAACAUUUUUUAAAUCACAGAUUGUACAAUAAUAACAAUGAUCCUAUUUUGUAUAAUAUCUACAACAAUGUUUAUAUUUUAGCACAUACAUAUCUCAGGGAAAAACAGUCAAUAGGCGGUGUCUGUUUCUCUGCCAGUUCACCUGAUUAUUGGCAAGAUGCAAACAACAGUCUAAUAAUCUCUAUUCAUUCUAUUCUCUCUCUCUCUCUCCCUCCUCUCUCGCUCUCUUCCUCUCUCUCCUCUCCUCUCUCUCUCGCUCUCCCUCCUCUCUUUCUCUCACUCUCCCUCCUCUCUUGCUCUCUCUCUCCCUCCUCUCUCGCUCUCACUUUCCCUCCUCUCUUGUUCUCUCUCUCCCUCCUCUCUUGCUCUCUCUCUCUCAAUGAAUUUGAAAAUAUCCAAUAGCUUUCUGUGAUGAUAAACAGUUUUAUGAUAAUCACACACACACACACACCAUUCCUGACUUCUGUAGUAAAUACUUUAUUUUGGCUGUAAGAAAAAUGAUAAAUAGUAUAAUUUUAAACUGAAAGAAAAGAGAGACACCUGUGAGAAUUCAGUCUAAAGUAAGUUGGGUACACGAGCGGGUAGUGAGGCCAGGUAGUUACAGAAUGUAGAGAAAUGUCCACAUGCAUGUGCACAGGUUCCUCUACUGUUGAACCUAUGGCACUGGUCCAUAUUCACUGAUGAUCUUGACUCUAGCUUUUUCACUUGAUAGUACCAUGAUUACUCGGAUUUGCCUGAAUUAAAAGUAUGAAAAUAUACAUUUUAAUGAUUCAUGUCACGUGAAGAUACAAUGUGUUCUUAGGUGACAUAUUGCAAGUUGAGGUUUGAGUUUUACAUGGGAUGUCAUUCAUACAAAGAACUGAUGAAAGUGAAUCAGAGACAUUUUAGAGGGUCAUUGGCUGUAAUGAUUUAACAUGGAAAAACACAAACCUAUUAUUCAGGUAUUGCACAUACAACACAAUUACAACUAAGUUAAUUGUACAGGUUCACUAUACCUGUAGUUCAAUGUCAGUGGCUCUCCCUCCACCACCUUUUACAGUGUAAAACGUUGUAUAACGUCCAGAAGAACCACUGUAAAACGUUGUAUAACGUCCAGAAGAACCACUGUAAAACGUUGUAUAACGUCCAGAAGAACCACUGUAAAACGUUGUAUAACGUCCAGAAGAACCACUGUAAAACGUUGUAUAACGUCCAGAAGAACCACUGUAAAACGUUGUAUAACGUCCAGAAGAACCACAGAAUGCCACCGAUAAAAGGUGAAGUACAACUCACUGCAGGAGAAGCUAUCAGGUAACUUACUACAGUAUAUCUAAAACAAGAAGGGAAUGAAGACAUUAAAUCACAAAGAAUACAUCCCAAAUGGCACCCUCAUCGCUUUAUAGUGCACUACAUCUGACCAUAGCCCAAAAUUUGUGCACUUUAUAGGAAAAGGGUGCCAUUUGGGACACAAACUAGCAACAACGAUACUACUAACCCUGUCCUGUAGACAUUGGUUGAUGUUCAGAUCAAUAUGGUUACUCUUUGAAUUGACUUUCUGGAAUAUGGCCUAUAACUAAAUUAUACACACCCACAUUUCUGCAAACUAACAUGAUUGCAACAUACAGUGCCUUUGGAAAGUGUUCAGACCCCUUGACUUUUUCCACAUUUUGUUACGUUACA